GUGGGGUGUUGCUGCAGACAAGCCCGGCGGCCCACAGCCCCUGCAACACUUCCUGGAGAAUUUGCAGCAGCAUGUUUUCAGCUGCCAUCAAAGGAAAUUCCACUUCAUCAUGCCGUCGAACUACCUCCGAGGGCAAGAUGCCGGUUUCUAACCAGCCUGCCGCUGCACGAGCGUCGCAGGUGAUUGAAACAGCGCCGGACGGAGGAAACUUGAGCAGCCAUGCGGAGAGGAACGUAAAGAGAAUGUCCCUCGGCCCCCCGGACUACAUGGACUCCAACCAAUGCAUCGAUGAGCUCCUCAAACAACUUGAGGAGGAACGCCGCCAUAUUCGAAGGGAAAAACUGGCCGUGGCUCGCCUGCAGAGGGAAGUCGCGCGGAGCAAGAGUGAGGGAACAAUGCGAGAAAAGCUGAUCCAUGAGCUAGAGGAAGAGCGACGGCUGCGUCUGGAGAGCGAGAAGCGUCUGCGUGAAGUGACGGAAGAAUCCGAGCUGGGCCGGGCACAGAUCGUCUCCCUGCAGCAGCAAUUCGCCAGGAUGGAGGAGAAGGUGCGGUCGCUUCUGCAGAAUCAAGGACUGAUGGAGCAGACCACGACAGACGACAUUAUGAAGGCCUACAAAGAGAAAUUCUCCGAGGAAGUGCGAAAGCAGCAUGAUCGCCCAGAGGAGAACGGCAUCCCGCCGGCGACUCAGAUGGAUCCUGGGAUGCGGCCGCACGCCGACACCAGCCAAACAGACGAUAACGAUGACAGGACCAAGCUCCUGUUAGAACGCCUAAAAACCCUGGAGGAGAGGAACUCCGUCUUGACGUUGGAGAACGAGAGCCAGAGGGAGCAGUACGAACGCUGCCUGGAUGAGGUCGCCAAUCAAGUCGUGCAGGCACUUGUCACUCAGAAGGACCUGAGAGAAGAAUGUCUCAAGCUGCGUACUCGGGUUUUUGAUCUGGAACAGCAGAAUCGGGCCCUGGGGAUUCUCUUCCAGCAGCGUAUCAAGCCCACCUCGGAGCUGCUCCUGCAGAAACUCCAGUCACGGAUCAUGGAUCUGUCUGCGGCUGACUUGCUCCAGGAACCCGAAAGAAGCAAAGCUUUCUUACUGUCCAGGAACACAAAUUCUCCUACAACCGUAAGCCUAAUGGAGUUGAACGGAAAGCCAGGUUUGCCCAUCACCGCCAAUUGUCUGAGCCAGCUGAGUCUGACAGCGCCGAUGCCAACGUACCCACGCAGCAGCCGUAGCAGCAGCGAACUGUCGCUGUCGAGCGCAUGCAGCGAACUCUCCAGCGGCUCCUACACCUGGAACGACGGGCCAUCAUCCUGUGGAAAAGUGCACUCAUCUCUCACCUGGGAAAAGAGGCUAAAUUUGGGUUCGUCCGCCCCAAGUAACAUCAACGUCCCACUGGAGGAGCAGAUGCCCACCAGGCGUAAGGAGACCAACAUCCUGGAGGGGCUGAGGAAAUUGCAAAGGAGGAAGCACAGGUCCUCAUCCUCAACCAGGGUCUCCAAGUCCGGCUACAAAGACUGCAUGAACUCCAACGAGGGUAUUUACUCGCUUGGUAUCAAGAGUAGCAGUAAAGGUGUGUCGAAGCCAACCCACGUUGGAAGAACAUCGCUUCUUGUGGGGAAAAAGUUUUUGUCCGAUUCGGACGACGCAGAUGAUGAGCUUGUGCAAUCCGGCCAGGCCAUUGACGUCUCCAACAGGGACAGCUGGUUCUCCUGCAAGAAGCUCCCCCACAGCAUCUCUGACACGUUAUGCAGCUGGGACGCGAUCCAAGAUGGAGGAAAUGUGGCUGACAAGAGCCUCGUCGUGACAAAGCCCCUCUCGGAAUUUCCAUCAAACGAACGUCCCGAGAAACUCACGAGCAGUUGUCUCACCGAGAGUGGACGGCCGUCAGCGUUCACUCGAGUGUCGGUGCUGCACGUUCCCCCUUCGGAUCCAGAAAGCUCCAAUUGCUUCUCAGAUGUGGACGAUCUAGAAGAACUCAAAUGUGACCCACAGGUGCCCUCAAGCCAACCAAAAGAGCAAGCGGAGAGGAAGUCCCGGAGCGCUUUCAAACCACUCAGGCCGCAGCGCUUGCAAAGGGAUCGAGUCGGAACGCAGUCUGCAGAUAGUAGACCAGAACCCAUCCCGGCAACUAAGAAUUAUCUGUCCGACGAAAGCAUCUUGGCAGUAUUUGACGCUCAAGGGGAGCCAAUUGAACUAAGUCCUCAGAAGCUGAAUGGACCUACAAUUGCCCCUUUAGUUAGUAAAGAAGACAACAAAUUAGACCUUCAAGAAAAACCAACGAGUCAGAAGUCUACACAUACGGACAACUACGCUGUCCUCGAUUGUCCGGAGAAACCUUCGGAAUAUCAGCUCAGGACCGGCAAAACAAACCGGGGUGGCAACGCAGACCGGCUCUCCGUGCAGUUCGCCUCACAGCGGAAGUUAAUCAAGCCGCCCGGCAGCCGAGCGUACAAAGGACAUUCCAUCCCACCUCUGAACGAUUCUGCAGCUCCGAUGGCAGUGGUCUCAAAACUGCCGGCUUGUAAUAAACCUUCCGAUUCCCCAAUCAGAUUGUCAAAAGGCACGACCACUGAGGCAAACGGUGGAAACUCAGGAACUCCAAGUCAGGAGAAAACACCCCCACCUCCAAUCACGAAGAUAUCCCGUUUCAUCAAGAGCUCCCAGAGCCCAAAGGUGGCCAACUCCAAACUUCCCAAUCGGUCCGAAUGGAGUAAAACCUCGUCCCCCGGUUCCCCUCGACUCUCAAGGAAACAACUGGAGUUUACCGACAAUUGUGAACAACCAACCAGAGACAAACACUGUGAAAGCGUGAAAAAUAAACUCAGGUCGCCUUCGCCACCCCCUCCGCCGGGUCGUACCACCUCCUUACUGAUCAAACCAAAUUACGAGGGGUCGCCUCAAGCACAUAAAACGGGGCUAGCUCAGGCAUCCGCUGCGAGGGGCCCGCCCCCGAGUUACUACACGUCUCUCCAACCAAAUAUGCAAGCAACACUACCCAUUAAAGAUAAAGACAUGGACACGGACGCCGGCUACGGGACUGCACUCGCACCUCAGAAACUGGUCGACAAAACCAGUCAGCACCUUCAAAAGUCCUCUGGCAUAACACCGAACACGGGCACUUCCAAGAUGGCCGCCGCAAAAGACUACCUCCCACCCACAAACUCAGGCUUCGACCCCGAGAUGGAAAAUGCACCUAAAAGCUCAAAGAAUGUCCCCCCGCCUUAUAGUGCCAUCAGAGGGUCCUCAUUUGAAAAUAAGAGAGGCUCCGCCCAUGAAUAUGAGAACCAGAAGCCCUCGGUUAGUUUAACAGUUUCACUUCCGGAAGCCCCGACGGUAAAGACGGAACCGCUAAAUGUUGUCAGCCCGUCAAGCUCGGUCGUGACUUCCCCGAACGCGUCGCAAAAGAGUCAAAAGACUCGCGUUUCCGUCGGGUUCAAAGCAUUUUUAAAAUCUCCUCCGGGCCAUAAAAAUAGUCCCUCUUUGCCAGAUAAGCAAGAAAAAGAUCAUAUCAACUUAGUUUCCAAGGAGACUGUGACUUCAAACGCCUCGAGCCAAUGUGACAGCUCGCGGCCGGUGUGCGGUAUCGAUCCGCCAUCGAAGAUGUCUGUGACAGAGGUGGAAGGUGAAGUUCACGAGAGGUUACCGGAAGAGGAGCUCAAUCCCGUCGUGACACCAGACGAGGGGGAGGUCUGCAAUAAAGGCAAAAGGAGCAGUCUACUUUUCUCCAGAUCCGUAUCCAUUACGGCCAAAUCCCAUCUGAAACCAGCCUUGGGAAUGAACGGGGCCAAAGCCCGGAGCCAGAGCUUCAGUACCAACUACAGCGAGAAACCCAACAUCAACGUUCUGGAGGGACCAGGAAAAAUCAGAACUCAGAUCAUCACCAACUCAACAGAAAGGGGGAUUUCUUUGUCCAGACAGAGUUCCUCGGAGGUUCCCGGCUCGGCGGAGAGUCCAGUCUACUCUCCCCGGACGAGACCCAACAAUCAAAACGUCCCACCAGAGAGAACCUCAAAGUUCAUUUCCAAAGGUGAUGAAUCUCAAAGCUCGGCAAAGGGGCAGACGGUCACGUCGCCCUCCCACAAGGAGACGCGUGGGUUGCCCGUCUGUGAGAAAAAUCGAAUAAAUAACAUCUGCAGGCCCGGAAAAGUCUCCUCACACUUUCAGCCUCCAGCCUCUUGUCCUUAUAGUUCAGAAAACGUGGCGCGAGAAACGGGAGGCAUGGCAACCACCCCUAAUGAGGAAGAACUGAGCUCGGGAGGAAAAACCCUGACAGACUCUCCAAACCAUGCCGCAGAUAUAGACGAGAAAAAAAUCAGCCCGUCAGCCUGCACUAUUGAAGAGAAGGUCAUGAUGGGAAUUGAAGAAAAUCUACAAAAAUGUCAAGAACAAGAGAAGGUCGCCGCGACUGAGGCCAAACAAAAAAGCGCUCCUUCGCUAGCAAACUGGUUCGGUUUCCGGAAAAGCAAACUUCCGGCUGUGGCCGGGAAGAAAACCGACGUGCCCAAAGGGAAAGAAGAGAAGAAAGAGACCAAGAUUGGAUCGGUCCUGGGAGGCAAACAGAUAAAGUUGGACAAGAAAAAGGAGAGGAAGAAAAACGACAGUCUGGAGGCGCAGAAUCAAUCGGAGAUGAGCAACAAGCUGAGCUCCAUCAUGGACCACUGCAACAAUCAAAUGGGUCAGAUUGCCAGUCAGCUCCAGUGCAGCGCCGCCUUCAUCGGCAAGGACCAGUUUGUCAAGGAGCUUCUUGGCAGGACGGCUGGAAAAGGCAACUUAGUCACCGCAUCGCCGACGGGGAUCUCCACACCCAAGAAAAAUUCAGAGAUGAAGGGAGGAGACAUGAAGAUCUGUCCCGAUGCGGCUACUCUCCUAAUGAGUCAGAAGCUCAACUUGAGGGCUGACGGCAAAGAAGGGCGCAAGGUCGAUCCAGCCGGUCAAGACCACAUGAUGGACACCUUGUACUCUCACCAGCCUUUCCAUUGCAUGUGAAGCCCUCACACCUUUUCCCGUGUGCUGACCCUCGCUUCCCCUAGUCGUCACAUGUCCUUGUCA